GGAUUCAUUUUUAGGAGCGAGUUCCUACCGCUUGUUGCACUUUCUCCCUCUCAAACGAAACCCUAGCAAUUUUUCUCUCCUUGGACCAUCUCACCUUUUUCGCUUGGACCAUCUCACCUUUUCCCCUUCAACCAUCUCGCUUCUCAUCUCCCAGGUCACGAUCGCACCGUUUCUACACUCAUCGUCGUCGCCAUGUGGUUGCUGGAAGAUCGAACAAGCCCUCGUAAUUUUUCUAGCUUGUCUUCUUCACCGUGCCUCCAAGAUCGAAGAAGCCCUAGCGAUGUCUGGUAAUUUCUCUUCCUCCUCUGCUUUAUCGUGCACUACUAUGGCAGCCAAAUCGUCAACCAAAGCAAUAUCAUUGGAAAAUGGAGUGCGAAGGGGUAAUCAUAAGCAGUGACCAUGGUGAUAGGUUUUUAGAGAAACAGAACAACGGACCGUACUGUCCAAAUGUUUCUAAUAUUAAGGAAGGGCUUUCCAACAGGACAUAUUUUAGGCAAAAACAAAAUGAUACUGGGAUUGCUAGAAGGUGGUAUGUGUACGGAAAGUGAGAAACAUGGUUGCAAGAAUAAUUGGGGGACGCUUAUUUGGCAUAUAAUAGUUUCAUCCCUUUCAUUGGUCAUCUCAUACCCAACUUUGGUUGUUGCACCACACAUGCUCAUCAAUGCAUACAAAAACCUUCUUGUUGUUGCAGUUGCUAUUGACUAUUCCUUCCCUCAAGUUGAGAAAGCUAAAAGAGUAUCUUGAGGUUUGUUGCCACCCACAUUUUACUAAGUUUUCUUGCUGUUGUGGCUAACAAAUAACCAAUUGCUUCUCUUAUACUUAGUACAGGAUUCGAGCAAGUUUGUUGUCGUUGUGGUUGUGUCUGUUGCAAUAGUUGUUGAGAAGAAAAAGGAAGAGCCCACUAAGAAGUCUAAUCAUGACAUGAGUUUCAACUUUGUUUGAUUAAUUUGUAAGCUAGAAAGAUAGGACCUUUUGUAUUUUGAAAUUUUUAGACUCACAAAUUGGAGUUUUCAUCAUGUUUUUGGUCAACGGUAAAGGCAAGUAUAAACAAUGACUACUUAUUCAUCAUAUUAAGUAGACAUCUAGUGUGUAAGGAUUGCUUCAUUAUUAUUUAUAGGUUUUUUUACUCUAGUGUCCUAAGUUGGGAGCACUGAAUGUAGAUACUACAUCAUGAAGUAUAUGAGGGAUAUUGUGACCAAAAGAAGCAUUUUCAUCUUAGACUUGGUAUGUUAUCAAACUAUUUCGACAUUUCAAAUAGCAUAGGGAAAAGUAGAACUCAUUGUAAUAUUUAGCUUUUAUGUUUAUAGAUUGAUACAAGGAACUCGUACUCACAAAUCAAGUUAGACAAGGUACAAGUUGAGUUGGCUGAA